AUGAUAACAACGAAACAGCGAAGAGGUAGUAUUGACAACUCAAUGGUUCCUUCUGUAGAGGGCCCUUUAAAACAGACAAAAUUAGUUUUAAACAAUGCAAUUGCCGCAGCAAAAGAUUGCUUUACACCACAUCGAACUAAAUUAGGAGAAUCUCAAAUACUUAUUGAUAACGCAAUUGCAUUACAAUCAUCGGCCAAUAGAUUCAACGAAUCGAUAUGUAAUUUCAAUGCAAAACGAAAUAAUAAAUUUUUCGAGCAACUUGUUGAAACAAAUAAUGCAUUGGAGUCAACUCUUGGGUCAUUCACAGAUUAUGCUGCAGCAGUGAAUUCCACGAGGUCUUCAAGAAUUAAAUCAAUUUUACGUCUUUCAACAACUUUCAUACCGGCUGCAAUAUAUUGGCUUUUCCAAUCACUGAAACCAGAAGUAAAGCAAAUUAUUAUACCUAAAUCUGUUAUUGAUCCUUUAUUAGAAGAAUCAUUCAAAAUUUAUCAAUCUCUCCUCGACAGUUCUUGUUAG